UGAGUGGGACUGGGGCGGCCACUCCGUUUCCCGGAGCGAGUCCAGGCCCUGGCAAGGCCGGCGGUUACACAACCACCGCCAACUUCCCGGGGUCACGGCUUCCCCUCAUUGACAUUCAGGACGAGGCUCUCCUGCUCCGGCCGCAGAUCUGGGCUUUUGUUCCCCCUGAGGAGUCGCUGCUGGAAGGCCCGGCAGGAUGACGGGGCAGCAGCGAGCCCCCCACCCAGAGACCGGCGCCGCCAGCCCAGGGAGCGCCAUGACGCGGGAGGAGUGCUGCCGGGAGGAGCUCAGCUACGACCGGACGGCCACCCUGGAGCGCGGGAGGCCGGACGCAGAGGGCUACGCGGACGCCAAGGCCGGCGACCUGCCGCUGUCGUCGAGGCUGCCCCCCUGCUUCAGCCACAAGACCUGGGUCUUCUCUGUGCUGAUGGGGGGCUGCCUGCUGGUGACCUCGGGGUGCUCGCUGUACCUGGGGAAUGUGUUUCCCUCGGAGAUGGAUUACCUGCGCUGCGCUGCGGGCGCGUGCAUCCCCGCGGCCGUCGUGAGCCUUGCCGUUUCCCGGAGGAACGCCGACGUGGUCCCCAGCUUCCAGCUGCUGUUCGUCUCCACGUUCGCGGUCACCACGACGUGUCUGAUCUGGUUUGGCUGCAAACUGGUCCUGAACCCGUCAGCCAUCGACAUCAACUUCAACCUGAUCCUGCUUCUGCUGCUGGAGCUCGUCAGCACGCUGCCCGGCGAGGCGUUCCCUGCGCGGGUCCUGAAGGCCUACUCCGUUCCCACGGUGGUCUUCUGGGCCGGGGGGUCGGGGGUCGGGGGUCACGGGACUGAGGGACUCACCCAGCCCUCCCCACCUCUUUGGCUGCUGCUGCUGCUGCUGGAGCUGGUGGUGCAGGCCAGCCUGCACACGGGCACCGUGGUCCAGUGCGCCCGCUUCACGGUGGCCCGCCCCCAGGAGCGCCCCGCGGAGGUGGCCAGGAGCCUCCCGAGGGAGUUCGACAAGGAGCGAGCCUGGAGAGCCGUGGUGGUGCAGAUGGCCCAGUGAGGCCCGGAGGGAGGCG